AUGUCGGCAUCAAAUAUUUCAUCUCUUACUAUUGCUUCACAACAAAUAAACAUUUAUGUUGGCACAUUUAUUCUUAUCAUAGGUAUGAUUGGUGAAAUUCUUAAUAUUAUUGUUUUUCUAAGUCUUCGAACAUUUCGACAAAAUUCAUGUGCAUUCUAUUUAAUUUUUAUGUCAUUUUUCAAUAUUGGUCAAUUAAUAUUUAGUCUAUUUCCACGUAUUAUGACAAGUGGAUUUGUUAUUGAUUGGACACAAACUUCAUUAUUCUAUUGUAAAUUCAAAGGAUAUAUUUUACAAAUAUGUUCACUUACUUCAUUUACAUGUAUAUGCCUAGCAACAAUUGAUCAAUUUAUGGCUACUUGUUUUAAUCCUCGGUGGCAACAAUGGAAUAAUAUUAAAUUAGCUCGUAGUCUUUGCAUCAUAACUGCUUCUUUUUGGAUACUUCAUGGAAUACCAUAUUUGGUGUUUUACAAUAUUAUAGAAAUGCCUAAAACAGGACAACUCACAUGUACAAUCACAAAUGCCAUCUUUCAACAAUAUUUCAUCUAUUUUUAUGUACUUAUUCUUGGACUUGUGCUUCCCAUCUCCAUUACGGUCAUAUUUGGAUUGUUAGCAUACCGAAAUAUUCAACAAAUGGCUUAUCGAACAAUUCCACUUGUUCGACGUGAAUUAGACAAACAAUUGACAGUAAUGAGCCCUUUUUACAUAUAUAUUUGUGUAUCUGAACGAUUUCGUAAACAAUUGAACUAUGUACUGUUUAAAAUUCAUUUGAAUCGAUGGCAACGAGGAAAUAUAACUUUAAAUCAAGUGAUACCAAAAUUAUGA